GAGCUGGUCCCACUGUUGAACGAGCCUCUCCACGUGCAAAGAUUCAAGUGCAUGCGCAGUAGUUCCGCCGUCGGACAACGAACCGGUUGCUUCGCCAGCCCUUCUAUCGGAGGAUCCGUCAACUUGGGCGAGUCUUGAUGGUUGCCUCUUCCCUCCACCGGUUCUUUGCUAACACUGCAUUGCAAUGCCUUAAUGGCACAUUUGCGUAAAUACUUGCACGAGGCAUGUACCACCUCCGUCGAUGGACGACGGAGUAGCGGUUGUUGAUCUUCGUAACUAUCUCGCGAAGAUCGACCGCGAGUACGCAACGCAAUGGUACGUUGACAUCGACGCGCCACUCCUCUACAUCCGCAUUCAGAUUAGAAAGGCGACCUGCAGUGCCGUGAUCGAUUGUGGAGCGACUCACGACUACAUCAGCCAAGACUUCAUGGCACACGCCGGGCUAGGCCCACGCGUUCGAAGGAAAAGUCAGCCUACGCACGUCACGUUGGGCGAUGGUCACACGCAAAAGUCAAUCGACCGAUGCGUUGACUUGGUGCCCCUGUACUUUGCCCCGCUAGCAUGCGAGGCCGUGUCUUUCGACAUAUUGGACACCAAGUUCAAUAUGAUCUUAGGCAUGUCGUGGCUGCAAAGCAAAGACCAUCCGGUGAACUUCUAUCGACGCACCGUUCACGUUUACGAUCGGCGUGGCGAACUAGUCUCGUGUACUGUGCCGCUUCCUCAUCCUUCGAUUGGUUGUCACGUGGUAUCUGCGGCAAGCAUUCGCCAAUCCAUCCGACGGAACGACAUCGAGGAGAUGGGCAUAUGUUUUCUUCACGCCCUCCCACUCGGUGAUCAGCCCAAGACGGAUACAUCGGACCCACGCAUCAGUGAGCUGUUGGACAGCUAUGAGGAUGUCUUCCAAGCUCCCGCCGGAGUAGUACCGGAUCGGCCCAUACGCCAUAGGAUCACUCUCGAGGACGGCGCCGUACCUUCGCGCGGAUGUAUUUACCGCAUGAGCGAAGAGGAGCUUCAAGUGCUUCGGGCACAGCUAGACAACCUCUUGGCCAAGGGCUGGAUUCACCCUAGCUGUUCGCCAUACGUGACUACGAACGCUUUCGGCUAUGGCAUUGGCGCGGUUUUGGAACAGCAUGACGGCACAGACUGGCAUCCGGUUGAGUACUUCAGCCAAAAGGUGCCGCCCAUCAAUACACUUGAUGAUGCGAGGAAGAAGGAACUGCUAGCUUUUGUCACUGUACUUCAAGUUAAGCGUUGGUGUCACUUUCUCCUCGGGCGUCGGCGAUUCACGUGGGCAACGACCAACAAUCCGUUGACGUAUUACAAGAUGCAAGACAUGGUGAGCAGCACGAUCAGUCGAUGGAUGUACUUCAUUGACCAGUUCGACUUCACCUCCAAGCACAUUCCGGGCUCCUCGAACAAGGCAGCGGAUGAUCUCUCGCGAAGACCUGAUCUUUGUGCCUUGGUGCACUCCAUAUUCGGCCUCGACGAGAACCUGCAACAGCAUUUCGUAAACGGAUCCAAGUCGGAUCCGAGAUUCUCCGCACUCUAUGCGGACUUAUCAUCGGACCAACCGCCGACAAGCAAUUAUCGCAUUGUCGACGGCUACUUGCUUCUCCAUACACGAGGCAAGGACUUGUUGUGUGUUCCCCAAGACCGCAUCUUGCACACUCGCCUCCUUGGCGAAUACCACGAUUCGCGACUGGCGGGACACCUUGGUGUUUGCCACCGGAACAAAGGGCGCCAUCAGCUCCCGUACGGUGAACUGAAACCAUUGCCGAUUCCUCGGGAACCGGGUCUCUCCAUUGCUAUGGAUGUGACCGGCCCUUUCUCUGGCGAUCGCCUUGGCCACGACGGUAUUCUCACGGUCGUUGACCAUUUGAGCAAGUACGCUCGAUUUCUUCCAUGCAAGUAUCAUGCGACGGCUCCCGAGCUCGCACGACUUUUGCAUACCGGCUGGUUUUGCAGCCAUGACGUUCAGGAAGACAUCGUCAACGACCGCCGCACUCGUUUCAUGUCGGCCUUUUGGAUGACACUCAUGGUGGAAUCCGACACCAGCAUGAAACCGAGUUCCGCACAACAUCCUCAAACGGAUGGGCAAAUGGAACGUGCGCACCAGACUGCGCAGAUGAUGCUCCGCCCACUCAUCCGCCCGGAUCAGAAGGACUGGGUUGACCGCCUUCCCGACAUCGAGUUCGCCUACAACACUUCGGUGCACCCGGCGAUUGGCGUGACUCCAUUUGAGUUGCAUCACGGUGGACGGAAAGGACGUAUCUUCGCAGACAUCUUGCUUCCACGGGCUGCCGAUAUCGACGCCGCUUGCUCCCCCGCUUCUACACGGAAGUACAGGGAACUGCUGGCCGAAGCCCGCGCAAACAUGCAAAAGGCUCAGGUCCGUAUGCAGCAGCGAACCGACGUCGCAUCCCAUGUCCAAUCAGUGCCGGCGACCUAGUAUGGGUCACCUCCGAGGAAUUUGCGCUCGAGCAGCACGUCUCGCGCAAGCUCCUCCCCAAGUGGUUUGGACCAUGGAAGGUCACUUCACCAGCUGGCGACGACCCAGCGGGUCCAUCUUUCAUCAUUGAGAUUCCCCCGCAUUUGACGGUCCACCUGAUAUUUCAUGCUUCAAAGCUGGCGGUCUACACUCCAGCCUCCGCAGCGGACUUCCCGGGCAGACGGUCACAGGACCCUCCUUCAAUGGAUGGUCAUCAGGAGGUCGACCGCGUCCUCGCUCAUCGCAAGCACUACAACAAACCAAUGCAGUACAA